CCUCCUCCUUCCUCCUCCUCCUCCUCCUCUUCUGUGCUCACUGAGCUGAGCAGUCAGUGGUGGGACUGAAGCAAAGGAGGAAGGAUAAAGCAAGAAUAGAGACAGAAAAGAGAACUGAGGCACAGAAAAACAGAUCAUUAUAGAGCAAACGACCAGGAGGCCGCUGAAUGAAUAACAAGGAAGGGAUUACAAAGCUCAGGACUAAAAAAAAAAAAAAAGGAGAGGACGACGACUGAAGACUCUCUCUCUACACCCUCUUUCUUUCACUCCCCCCUUUCCUCCUCCUCCUCCUCCUCCACCCCCCACUCUCUACCCUUCCUGUCAUCCUCCCGGCUCUCUCAAAGGCUCCCCCUCCCAGACGAUCUCCUCAGUAAAAGAUGGCAUGAGCACACUGUCACCCAUCCUCAGCUUGGUGGAGUAUUUUCCCCUCCUCUGUCACUCUUUCUGUCUCUUUCAUUCUCUUCUUCUCCCCCCCACCGUCUCUGGUUUCCUUCACUUCUCUCUGCGCUGUGGUCCCGGGGGUGAAGAGGAGGGGUGUGUGAAGAGGUAGACAGAGGCUGACCUCUCCCCCCUUCCCUCCUCCCUCCUCACACCUGCAGGUCGUCUGAUGACUUAUACCGACAACAAGCUCCUUAACCCAGCCGACCACAGACCGAUCCCCCUGCCCGCCCCCCCUCCCUGCCUCCUGUAACCCAGACUCUAACUCUCGGCGGAGGAGGCGUCCAGAGUCAUGUUUGGAUUAAAGACUCCGCACUUCUACCUCCCAGGUAUGAACCAUGAGUCCAAUAAAUCACCAUCAUUAGGAAUGAUCUCCACGGCAACCCGCACCACGGCUACAGUCAGUCCCCUCAGCCCACUAACCAAUGGGAACGCAGCUGCCCAAUCUGCAAACUCCGGAUUCGCUGCUGCCCUACGUAAACUGGCCAAACAGGCUGAGGAUCCCAGAGGUUACUCCCAGCAGAGACGGGACACAACAAACAACAGCAAACACAUUAAAAGUUCUGCCCUCAACGGUGAGUCAUCUCCAGUUUCUUCCCCGGCCACCAGCCACAGCUCCCCGGUCUCCACCCCUAAGCGGGGCUCACUAGGGCCCCUCUUGGGCCAGAACAGGGGCCACAGCGUCCCCGGCACCCCGCCGGUGGUCACCAUUGCCCCCACCAAGACCAGCAACGGCCUGUGGAGGGCCGACGGACGGCAGGUGGAGCCGAGUGUGCAGGGACUCGGCAGGGAGCGGGUGGGUGCAGAGAGCACCCAGCCACAGCAGGAUAAGAGGACUCCGCCCGUCCCUUCCCCUCACCCGCUGGCUCACUCCUUUGGCCUCACCCCCAGCAGCAUCAUGCAAGAUCCCCGAAUACAGAGCAUUAGCUUGCCGGGGCAGAUGCACGCUGUAGUUCCCUCCGGCGCAGUGCCAGAAGAAUACCUGAGAGCACUUCGGCCCUUCGCCACCUCAGACGACCUCAGGCUGACCUCCCUGCCCUUGAGUCUCGACCCUGCCGCUGCCGCCCACGCUGCGGCCGCUGCUGCUUACUACCACCCUGCCUACCUGCACCACCCUCUCUCCUUACCAAGGAUGGAGGAGUCCCUGUGUCUUUCUGCGCUGCGAUCGCAGUUUUACUCUGUGCCUGGGGGAGGCACAUUUCCUCCUCUCCACCCAUCUGCCCUCCACUUGCACCUGCCUGGAAGUCGCUACUCUGGAGAACUGAACCACACAGUCCUGUCUGAGAGGCUACAGAUGGAGAAUGAGCUCCGCCAGCGAGAGAGAGAACAAGAGCGCGAACGAGAGAAAGAAAGGGAGCGCGAGGCCGGGCUGGAACGGGAGCGGGAGCGGGAGAGGGAGAGAGAGCGGGAGGAGGAGAGGGAGAGGGAGCGUGAGAGAGAGCUGGACAGACAGAAGGAGAGGCAGAGGGAGAGACAGCAGCAGAUGGUCAGAGCGGCGGAGAGCCGCUACCUGGCUGAGCUGCAGGCUCGCAGGGCACCACCGGAGGACAGGGCCAGGCCAGGAGAGAGGCUGACCCCGAACAGAAUGGAUAAAUCCAAAGACUCUGAGCACCCGAGUUUCCCAGCACCUAAAACUCUACCCCUGCAGCCUGGCCUUCACCCCUCCAGGGGCUCUGUGCCGCACCCAGUGCCCAGCCUGUUGCCUUCUCACCUGGGGAAGCAUCACGCUGCUGCUGCUGCGGCUGCUGCUGCUGCUGCUGCGGCUGGGGGUGGGGUCCACGGAGCUCUGGCGGUUGCCAUGAUGACACAGAGAGCCAGCGAGGAGGCGUGGUUAACGCGGCAACGUGGGCAAGGGCAGGAGAGGGACAGCCCGUUGGAGCUGGGCCUCAGGUCACCGGGGAAAGGGGCGGAGCCGAGGAGAGACAACCACAGAAUCAAUUCAGUUUACCACAACCCAGGCAGCAAAGAUGCACCUCCCUGCCUCGGCGCUCCGCCGCCUCUCAUCUCCCCGAAAGGUCCCCAUCACCCUCCCGCCCCUCCCACCACACUGUGGAACCCAGCUUCCCUCGUGGACACACCUUCAGACUCCCGCAGAAGACUGAACCCUCCCACCCCACCGAAUCGACCUCCCCCGGGGCUGACCAGGGCCGACAGACCCCCUAUAAGCUGGGGCGAGCGGCUGGAGGACGGAGGCAGGAGGACGACGAAAAGCCCCGAGAGGUAUCCCUCACUGAGGGGUGCAAGUUUACAGGACUCCUGGAACAAGGCCGAGCAAGACAGAGCUAUUCAGAACCUCUACCAGAGGCAUCACAUCAGUAACCUCCAUCAGAGAUCGAGCAUGCCUCUGAAUAUCCCCAGCGCCUGCACUGACCUUGGGGGACGGUGCCAGGCGGCCUCUCCGUCUCCCCCGGUGAGGGAGCGACAGAGUCAGGCGCCUGACAGCAUGCUAGUGUACGACGAGGUUCUCCAGCAGCACCGCCGGCUGCUCAGCAAACUCGACCUUGAGGAGAAGAGGAGGAAGGAGGCCAGGGAGGGAGGUUAUUACUACGACCUGGAUGAGUCAUACGAUGAGAGCGACGACGAGGAGGUGAAAGCUCAUUUGAGGAGAGUGACAGAGCAGCCCCCGCUCAAACUGGACACGUCCUCUGAGAAAGUGGACCUUCUGCGCGCGUGCGGCCUCACCACGCUGGCCCACCGUGACGAACUGCUGGCUCAGAAGAGGAGGAAGAGGAGGAGGAUGAUGAAAGAGCGCAGCCUCUCGCCGCCGGCCGUGCGCGGCAAGAAGAAGGCCUCUUCACCUCCGGCACCCACGGCUCCCUUAACCACCCCGUACUCUGCCGAGCAGAUGGACAGCACCCCCGAACUGGAGGAGAAAAAAGACUUCCUCCUUAUGUUCAACCUCUCCCAUGUCAGCCCACAGCAGAGGAGAGAUAAGGAGCGGACAGAGGAGCUGCUGAGGGCCAUUCAGAGGAAGACUGUGACUUUAGACACUCUCAGAUAUAAUCCUUCUCCGCUGUGUAGAAGUCCUCCGGCUCUCUCAUCUGGUGACGCCUCCUCAGCGCCCUGUCAAUCGAAUGGACACCAGUAUCCGGACUCUCCAAGCCCUUCCCCUCCGUACGCACACAAACCGAAGCACCUCCACAACAACACGCUCAAACCCUCCAUGGACUCCCAGGUGGCGCGCAUUCCUCCUCCCUUGAUGCCUCAUCACGAAAAGGCUGAAUUCGCAGAGUCUCACUCGAGGAAGCUCCGAGCCCUCCAGAACGGCGUUGCUGCUCCUCCUCAUCCUCCACCUCCACCUCCACCUCCUCCUGCUUCUCAGAAAAAGGAGCCCGGCCCCGUGCAGAACGGACGGAGUCGGCCCUGGGAGAGGUUCACACCUGAGGCCUUUGCUCAGCAUUUCCACCAGGCUGUGCUGCAGUCCACGCACAACACUCUGCAGAACAAAGGAGUUUCGAACUGCGUCCCUGAUGCCGGCGUGAAGGCCGAUCGCCCGCUGCCUCAUAACAUCUCCCAGCUGACGAAUAUGAACCACACCGCUCAGCAGACGCACAUCAACGGCCAUCGCUUCCACUCCCCCGUAGCCAGCCGGGAAACUCCGGCGCCGCGGGACCACUUGUCCGACGAGGAGGAGGAGGAGUCCGGCCAGGAAGAGGAGGAGGAGGAGGAAGAGGAAGAGGAGGCUGAGGAAGCUCCAAGGAGGUGGCAGGGCAUCGAAGCCAUUUUUGAGGCAUACCACGAGUAUGUGGACGAGUGGAGUAUAGAGAGGCAGGUUCUCCACAGUCAGUGUAAACGUCUCGAAGCACAAAACUACAAUCUGACCAGAACGGCAGAGCAGCUCUCGCUCACUAUGGGGGAGCUGGUGAGUCAGAGGCAGAAGGUGAGAGAGGAGAGAGACAGACUGCAGGCCCAGCUCGAGCACUUCAGGAGGUGUUUGACACUACCUAACAUUCACUGGGGCAGAGGGCAAAUCAAUGGGCACCCGCCGAGGUGACCUCUGACACCGCCACUCUGAAGGGCACGCCUCUGACAGCGAAGGUAACAAGAGCAAGGCGGACUGGAGCCAGACCUCUUCUGAAGCACUUGAAGGAGCCGGCCGUCGUCUCGUUACCUUUCUGACCAGUCCGCCACGUCACCCGACCGGUCCCAGACACAGUUUAUUAUUACCUGCCACAGUAACCAUACUCCACGACGUCCAUAUAGCCCAGACGUUCAGGAUCCUGGCCGCGGCGCUGUUUGUAACAACACCGCGUAGGUAAAACAGCAUCUUUUGUUAGAGGAAAGCUACCUGAGCUGUCGUUAAGGACCGCCCACCGUUUAGCUCCUAUCAUAUUAAAAUGUGCAUAGAUCCACACUAUUAUAAGAUGUGUCCCUAGGCACAAAUCUGUAGCCUCUCUGGUCACGUGUUGUCACUUGAGAGAAUAAAUUUGAGUCAAGGAAUCAAAGCACACCUCAGGCCUUAAACUUGACAGGAUGCACUUGAAAUGGAUUUGGAGGAAAGACUUGACCGUCCUCUGUGUGGUAUAAUGUUGUCGUGUCUACUGAGUACUUUAUCUGAUAGAAGAAGUGUGUGUGUGUGUGUGCGCGUGUGUGUGUGCGUGUGUGUGCGUGCACCGCUAAAUGAAAACAUCUAAAAUAACUAUAUAAUGGCAAAAUGGUAUCAAAUGAAGUUGGUUUUUUUUGUUUUGUUUUGUUUUUGUUUUUUUUUUUUUAGAUAAGAUUUUCCAUUGAUAAUGUCACUUGUGAUAGCAACAGAGUUUUGUAUGUUUUGUUGCUUUUAAACAUUUCUCGUGGGAAGCCAUAUGUUUUGUUUGAACUGCUGCUGGUCAGAAUAAAAAUGUUAGAAAAAUUGAGGACAUUUGGACAGUUGUAUUUUGAAAAAAAAAAGAGGAAAGAAAAAAAUGUGAUUUGGGAGUUGACUGAGACGCACUAAUGUCUUCACCAAUGUUCACGAGUCUGUGUUCGAAGCCCUUCACAUGGCUAUAAAUAAGGAACAGAAACAAGUCACGUUUACAAGGCCUUUUGCAGAUUUUAUAGAUGACUGGCAUCACUUCAGUGAGACUUGGAGUCCAGAAACAGAAAAAAAAGCCAAUUAUUAUUCGUUUCCAUUUCUGGAUUUAUGACAAAACUAUGACAACAUCUUUUCUCUUGAAACAGUCCCUUCAUGUUUGACAUACACGUCCCUCUGUGUUUGACAGGAAACAGAUCUUUUGACGCGAUUUAUUUUCGUUCAAACGUGACAAAUUAAUGUCACAGAUUCACACUUUAAAUUCCUUUCUUGUCUACAAGCACAAGCUGCAGUAGCUCCCCCUCCCCUCCCAAACAAGUUCACCUUCCUGCUCAGUCUCCUUUACAAACCUGCUGUGAAAUCCUGCAUAAUUGCUUCAAUCAGUUGUUAUGUAAUGUAUAAUUUGGGCUGUACAAUUGCGAUGAAUUAUUUAUUAUCAUAUAUUGCUGUACAUUCGGAUGGAAAUUUACAUUAAAAUACUUGUAAAAUGUC